AUGCGGGGGUCCCCGGCAGCUGUCUGGGCCAUCUGUGUCGCCUGCAUUCAGCACUUGGUGUUCCCACAGAUCCUCCCCCUCAGGGCAGGCAGGGAAAGACCGCGCCCUGUGCUUGGAGUUUCCACAGACAAGGUGGAGUGCUUCUCAGACUACAUGACUCUGCCGAUCCCGAGGAGCCAUGUGGCGGGUUUGAGGCGGUGGCUGGGCAGAAUCCUGCAGCUGCCAGGCACCCUGAGGGCCCCCGGCCAGCUGGAUUCUCUUCUUGCCCAAUGUGGCUACUUCCUGCAUCCUGCUCCGGACGGCAACUUCAUUUUCCGAGCUCUAUACUCGGCCUGCUUCGUGCGAAAGGAGAGAGAAAAUUACAGGUUGGAAAUCAGAAUGCUUCACCAAGGGGUGAAGAGGCUGGAGCGGAGCGUAGGCUACGUAAUGAAGUGUCCUGCAACUGUAUCCAGGCUGGGCAGACAGAGCGUCCACUGCGACCCCACGUUCAUCCGGGUCUCCCGGCCUCUGCCCCUGAGGAGCGACAGUAGACAGAACCCCUGGCUGCUGUCUCUUCGAGGGGAGCUGGUGGCCUCUCUGGAGGAUGCCAGUCUGAUGGGACUGUAUGUGGACAUCAGCACCACCAUGGUCACCGUCCAGAGCCCAAGACAAGACCUUCUUCAGAGGCAGGCGGUGCUGAACAAGUCUGUGGAGCUGCUGCCGCUCUGGCUGGUGAGCGGCGGCUAUGCCUAUUCCUUAGAGGCUGCGUGCCCACCGGUGUCGUCCCGGCCAGGGUCGGAGGUCUUAGUCCACAUCCCACGGCAGAGGCUGGGCCUGGUCAAAAGAGGUUCUCACUUUGAGGAAGCCCUGAGCCUAAAGUCCCUCCAAGUGCACCAGGCCAGCACCUCCACAGUGACGGAGAGCAAGGAUUUCGUGGUGGUCAGCAUCCCAGCGGCUGCGCUGCUCCAGGCCCAGCCGUGCCAGGAGCCCCGAGGAGCCCCAGGCACGCAGGCUUUCUACAGCGUGGACCUGAGCCUGGAAUUCACCGAGUCUGCUACCCCAGUGCUCUGGACAGCGGAGAACUACUUCCGGUGCGUGGGCUCAGAAACAGAGUUGCCUGCCUCAGCAGCCACACUGAAGACUCCUUCCUCCCGGCUGCCCCCGGAACCGGAAACCCCUCCAGCAGGAUCGCUGCCCAGCGCCUCUUCACAGUCCCAGGACACAGGCCCGGCCACCCUGGCUCAGCUGGAGCCUGGACCCGUCCUGCAAACAGCUACAGAAAGACCUACAGAAAGAAGCUGGGUGUCUGCUGCCCCAGUUUCCCCCGGAGCCCCUCUGGAUCAAGGCUGUCCCCAGGCUCCCCUGGGGGAAACAGGGCUGCCUCAGCCUUCCCCUGCUUCAGCCACACUGUCCUCAGGGCCUCCGGGAGCUGUCCAGGCCGGCCCCAGACCCUCACAGCGCAACUUACCAGCUUCCACUGCCUCGGCCACAUAUCUGUCCUCAGAAGCCUCCUUCCCCCCGUCACCCUCCUGGAGGUCUGACCCAUCCGAAGCGUCCCUGGGUUCAGGACAACCGGUCACCCCAACUACAAGUUCCCAGCAGGACCCUGCCCACUCACCAGGAAGUCCCCUCCCCGCAGGCGUGGAUGUGGCUGUCAUGGAGCCCACGCAGGCCGGCAAGGAGUUCCAGCCAUCGACGAGGCCCCGGGUGACCAGGCUGGCUGAGGAGUCGGGGUCCCCUCACUCCCGUAGACUGCCCCAGGAAACAUCUCCCGUAGCAGAGGCCGAGAGGCCACCUGAGAGUGGCCGUCACCUGCCUGGGGGGAUGUCCAGAGAGUCCCUGGACCGGUCAUCCCCCAGACUAAGGCAGGGGACGGAGGGACCGAGACUCACCACCUUGCCAGGGACAGAUGCCACAUUCUUCUCCCCAGGAGGGUGGCAGCCAGACACCGGUGCCGGCCUGGGCACCUUGGGACCUGAGCCCCCCGGGAGGCCCAGGAUAAGUCCUGCAGGCUCCCUGACAGGUCUUCCAGAGAGCCCUGUGGCCUCCACCUCCAAGAGGCCUGCAACCCCAUCUGUGGAAGGCUCAGACAGAGCCCCAGAUCUGGAGUCAGCUCCCGAAGGGACCGUGGGCUGGCCUGAGUGGGGGACUCGCACGCCUGGCCCUCUUCCUCUGAGUACCCUGAGCCUUCAGGUUCCUGCAGGAAGCGCAGCGCCCAGCCUGGCCGAGCCUGGAAACCCCUUCCCAGCAGGUCACAGGGCUUUGCCACCACACGACCCGCCAGAGGCUGCGGCGGCCACCAGCCCUGAGAAUCGCGGGCCUCCUAAGCUUCUGCGCUCUGUGGAGAGGGCUCUCUGAGAGGCCCUCAUGCUGGUCCUCUGUGGAGACCCUGGGCAGCUGGUACCCUGACGGCUCGGACAGCCCCGGUGACCUCAGUGAACUAGUGCUCCCAGGCCCCUGGCCCCGAAGCCCAGCAGUGGCUGGAUCACUGCACUCGGAGCUCCCCCUGAAAGGGCGGCACCCCCACCCCUUCCAGGCCGAGCUAAGGCUGCAAGUGGGAUUUGAAACACAGCCAAGGAGAGAGGAGGCCGUUGGCAACGCCCACCGGGACGCGGGCUAAAUAAAUAAAUAAAUA